AUGGAGAUUAUUUCCAUGGCACUGACCGAUAUUUUCCAAGGUCUGUUGAUCAUGCCGUUAUCUGUUGGUUUAUUAGCCACUGGGAAAUGGCCGUUUGGAUCGCAUUUGUGUCAUUUCGAAGCCAUCACAAAAAUAUCCCUGGCAAAAGUUUCAACGUUUAUCAUGGGUCUGAUGGCGUUGAACAAAUAUUACAAGAUAGUGAAGCCAGCCAAAUACCCAAGUCUUUUCACCGAGAAGUUUAUCAUUGCUUCAGCAUCGGUUGCGUGGCUGAUACCCAUUAUAUUUUUCCUCCUUGGUGUCUUUGCUUUCGAUUUCGGCGUGAAACCAAUCCUGAACGUCGCCACCUGUGUCAUAGAAUUAAAACUGUUAGCUCUGCCAGUCUAUAUGAUUUUAGCAUAUUUCCCUUAUAUUAUUAUCGCGUUCUGUUACUGGAAAAUUUACCAAGUUGUAAAGAUGCACAAUGCAAAUGUAUCACGGAAGAGUGCCAAUGUGGAGCAUGUUAACAUCAGCAAAAAUUUGCUUGUAACCAUCGUGGGCUUUACAAUUGUUUGGGUACCUGCGCACGCGAUGUUUAUUGUGUCAAUUCUAGCAUCAAUUCCCCGCCAGCUUGAACUUCUGGUGACACUUUCAGUGUUUACGUCUAGUGUGUAAAUUCUUUCAUUGAUGGUUUUAUGAACCGCGCUUUAAAAGCCGAAUUAAAAAAGAUACUGGUACCAAAAAAUACUCACUCGAUUGCCGCAGAACCUAGCGGCCAACAUUAGGCACGAGAGAAAGAAAGGUUUCUUAAGUUCAUUAGCUUUUUACUGUCGUAUAUUCAUUAAUUUUAAUGCAAUGUUUAGUGGAUGAAAAAAUUUUUUAAUUCAUGUCAGCCUUUUGGUCGAUUCAGCAGAGAAUCUGGGGCAACAUUUAUCAAUAAUAAAAUGU